AUAUUAUUAAUAUAACACACUCCUUAGAUUUAACCAAUUGUAUAGAUAUUUAGACAGAAAUCAGAUUAAGGUGUUAGAGAUUUUACAAUGGAAGUUGCUGGUAUAAACCUUCUAACAUUUGUUGGCUUUGUUUUGACAACUGUAGCUGCAGUUUUAGAUUUAAUUGGUUUCGUUUCUCCAUACUGGUCUACUGGUAGUGGAAAUGGUAUAGAAGUUAACGCAGGACUUUGGAGAUACUGUUAUUCAGGAUCUGGUACUUCAGUAUGUGGAACACAAGGAGACACUUUUGAUUUGGAAUCAUGGUUCAAAGCCGUUCAAGCUAUGGAAACACUUGGUUUUUUGUGUCUACUGGCUGCUGCUGUUGUUGUAAUCAUCAAAUUGAAAGUCUUAAAAGAUAAACCAGUUCUCAAAUUUGUUGGCAUUGGAUGUCUAGCAGCGGCAGCGGCAUUUAUCCUACUCGGGGUGUGUAUUUAUGGAGCAAAAAUAAACAGUACUGAGAUAGGCAGUUUACAAAUGGACAAUCUUCAUUUUGCGUUUGCUCUUGUCAUCAUUGCUGCCAUCAUCGCAAUUGUUGCAUCAGUAUUGUUUGUCCUCGACAAGUGAUUCAAUUGAGUUUUGAUAAAUAUAUAACAAACAAAAUAAGUUUUACGACAGUGCUUUUUUAUUAACUAAUGGAACAUCUUCAUUUUUCGUUUGCUUUUGUCAUCAUUGCUGCUAUCAUCGCCAUUGUUGCAUCAAUAUUGUUUGGCCUCGACAAGUGAUUCAAUUGUGUUUUAAUAAAUAUACAAAAAAAUUAACAUACCGAAAAAGGUUUUGAUUUAACCGUGAUAAAGCCUUCGUUGAAAUAACAAAAUUAUUUGUAUUGUGUAGUAAAAUUUAUUUAUUUCCUUGAAAUAGUACAUUUUAAUAUUGUACAAUGUAAAACUAGUUUUGUUUUUCUUUACCUUUUCAUAAAAACGAUUGCAAAAAUGAAAAGGGUUCUUUGACUUAAAUUUGCAAAUGCUAAUCCCUAUCGGGAGGGAUUAAAUUAAAAUCAUAGUACAUCAAGUGUUCUGUAGUAUAGCCUUUAACUGAUGACGUUGUUUUCUGUAAAUAAAAGAGGAUAUGGGUAUA